GGCGCGGCGCGUCAUGACGCUGACCAAAUAUAGUAAGCAUUUUCGGCUGCUAUGCGCAUAAUAAAUUUAACUUUUACGCUCGUUGACGCUUCAGAACGAUAGAAAACCUAGAGAAUAAUGACAGCCAGAAGCGUAAACAAGGAGCUUCUGAAAUAGGCCAUUAUAAAACUGUAUUGCUUGUACGAUAAAGUAUAUUUUGAAGAGUCUCUCUGAUUAAAACAUCGGGGGGCUAAAUUCUGAAAGUAACAAAAACAAAUCACAUUUAUUAGUUUAUGAUAAGUAACAGUAUAAUUCGUGUUUAGAGUCUCUGACUAUAAAAUUGCCACGUCGAUGUUCAAUUCAACAAUGAUGUUCUGUUUUGGUAAAAAAAUAUUUCCUCGUUAAGCUUUCUUUGUCUUUCAAAUACAGUCUUCGAAAUUUAACAUGUUUAAUUUUCGAAGGCGGUCUUUGAAAGACAAAAGUCUGCCGUCUGCCGAUCCCGCGGAUCCAAAAGACAAAAAUCUUUCGAAGACAGAUUGACUGGCCAAUAGGCGACUAAGUUUUGAUCACAUGGAGAUGUUCUCUUGAAACUUCCCGCCAAGCAAUUUUCUGUAUGGGCUUCAAAGACGAAAAUCUUUCAUGUGCGCAAUCUGCGAAGACAAAAAUCGUCGUCUUUCAAAGACGAAAGUCUGCUGUGUACGGUGGGCUCAGUGAUGAAAGUGCAUCAUACUUCGACUUUCCCUUUUUCCGUCUCCACUCUUCCCCUUCGCAAUUUUUUUUAAAUUUAACGUACUGUUCCCGUAUCUAUCAACAUUUCUUUUUGCAAAUAUGAACGGGUGUCUCUAAUGUCGAGGCAAUUUCUGUCCACGAAUUAGAUACUCACCCUGAAUCCUUCUGAACCCUUAGCGAGGAAUCGUAAAGAUGGGAGUAUUUCUGCAUCUCUUCACAUAGCUUCGCUUCAAAGUCGGCCAUUGCUAUCAAAUUUUCCGUACGGAGCGAUAAAAAAGUUUAAGAUUUCUCAACUCGGUAAGUUCAAGGCAUACGGGUUUGCGGAAAAUAAAAUAAACUUCCGUAUAAGACGUGUGAGUUUACCUUUCUUUGGCAUAGACAUUUGUAUUAUUUUUCUAGCGUCAAUUCAUACAUUUUAUAGAUUAUAUACUAGCUUUUCAAGAAGCCUUGAUAAGAACAUAUAUUUUCGCCUGUAGCUUUGCCGGUUGUUUUUGGGGCCAUUCUGAUAAACUUGUGGAACCCAAACAACUAAGCCAUUUAGAAAUAUUCCUUAGACAGUGAUGGGAGGAAUUUAUCUGUGAAAAAAUGUGCUGCCUUUAAAAAUUAAUCGAUACAAUCGAACACUAACAAAGUUUUCGUCUUUUUCAUUGUUUAUACUAUAUCCUCUGCCGAUCUUUCAAUCCCUUAUCAGGAAACGGAACAUGUUGGUAGUCGAAAAGGUAGCUGCGAAGCAUCAAAUAUAAAUAAACCUGCGCAACAGUUUCCUGUCAAACCGGUCGGAGGAGCCAAAUGGCCGAAAGAUAAAUGUACACGAGAAGAUAAUUCUUUGGUAAAAUAGAAUAGCAGAUAUUUUUCAAUGGCUUGAUAAUGGUAUUUACUGGAAUACAUAGAAACUCGUAUGCUGGAGAUCAUCUAAACCCAGCGUCUUUUCCUAACAAGAGAAAAUGUUUGUCAUUAUUGAAAGGGUGCACAAAGUAUGGCCUGGGCCAUGUCGCUUGAAAACUAAACGAUGUACAAUCUUAGCCACUGGAAUUGUCGUAGUUUUCCUACUGGUAAUGCUUAGUAUUCAUUUGGCUGGAGAAAUGUUUACAAAUAUUAACGAACGUUCGUUUUUUAUGGACGGCACUGAUUAUGAAAACAUCCCAAUUGAUUGGCCUAAAAUGGACACAUUGAACGUGGUAGCUAGACUUGAAAGCAAGGGCGUGCUAGAAGACGACACACCGAAACCUGAGCAGAAAUUCAAUUCAGAAAGUGCAUUGUCUCUUCAGUUAAUUGACAAUGAGGUUGUAGAUGAAACUGCUUUAAGGUCAGAACGAUUCUCGAAGUUAAUCUCAGAGACGGUAUUGAUAAAGACAAAACCAGUUAAUAAGCUUGUUGUGAGAACCAAGCCACUGGCAAGGAAACAUAAAACUGUAUUUAAUGUACCGGCAUAUUGGAAUUCUGUCCGUGUUUAUAAUUUCAGAACAUCUAAUAAUGCGAAUGUUGCUGAUGGUGGCCUGAAAAAGGACACUGGUAAACCAAAGCAUGACCAAAAGCAUUUGUUUAUUCUUGGCCAUUAUGAGCAGCUUGGAAAAACUACUAUUAAUUUCUUUGAAGCUGCCAAACUUGCCUACCUAACAAAAAGAAAAAUUGUGAAGCCAUUUGCCAGAGGCUCCAGGUUUUGUGGCUUGACAUCAGGGUGGACUGGUUCUCUGCUUGCAGGGAGCCGCUCAUUUAAACCUCUGGAUCUUUACUACAAUAUAACAGCAAUGGAAGAAAUUUUUGAAAGAUCAAACCUUGCUGAAAUGGAGUACCUAGACACCUUCAAGAAGAGUUGCUCAUUUAAAAAAACUGGGCGUAAAAUUGUCAUAAUUUACUUUUUUUACUCCAGUAAUGAAAACAAAUAUCUUUCAUUGACUGAUCAGGAAUUAAAAAGAGUCAAAAGUUUGCUCAAGCAGUCUAAAGGCUGGAUUGAUUGCUCCUUUAUAAAUAAAAGAAUUAAAAUUGAUGAAAGGAUUGGAGAUGAUAUCAAAGCUGGACAACAGUAUUGUGUUGACCCUGAGGUACUGACAGAUGUAAAUAUUCUUGAGAAGAAAGUGCUAAAAAACAGUCCUUGUGUCACAAUCAACCAAUGGCAGGGAACAGGCCCUCAAAGGACCCAUUUUAAUCUCACCAUUGUGCCGUCACCUGAAAAAUUGCUAAUGAGUUUACAGCCCAGUGACUUUGUGAUUUCUGAGGUUAUGAGAACUUUGUCAUUAAUUGGACCAAACUUCAUAGGAAUACACAUACGGUCUGAACGCCAGUUACUAUGGCAUGGUUUGGAUAGAUGGAUAAGAUGUAUGAAUCUUGUAAACCAAGAAACAAGGAAACUAAAGACUUUUAAAAAAGUAAAGGUAUUUAUUUCUGGAGAUAUAGGACAGUUUGGCUCAGAUCAGAUUCCUGCUAAUUUUAAUAAAACUGUAUUGAAAAUAAUUUAUGAAAAGUAUGAUAGGCUUGUCAAGGGUCUGAAUGCUAUUUCUUACUCUGUUGUGAGACCAAGGCACCAACUGUGGACAGACAGUGGCCUAGUUGCCCUAAUACAAGCAAACAUUCUGUCACUAGCAAAGAAUUUGGUUACCCUAGGGGCAGGUACUUUUCAGAAAUGGAUAACAGACAAAUUCAAGGCUCGAAAAGCGUCUAUUAAUGACAAAUCAUGGACUAUCACUAAAGUUUGCUUUGCUGAAUCAAAGACAGGGAUGAUAUUUCACAGCCCCAAAAAGCUUAAAAGAGGUUGAAAUGGUAAGCAAGAUAUUUGGAGGAAAUACGGAUUAUUUUCUAGGAAACCACCUUCAGGUUUGGGAAAUAAUGCUGAAAUACUAUGUCAAAUGGACAGUUUGAUUAGAUGCAACCAAGUCAGUGACUUUUUCGGGGUAUGAAGCUUUCUUAGGUCGGCCAGAAGCUCUUCAAGAAUGCCAAGUUUAUUCCUAAAAUAAAUAAACUAUAAAAUAAUGUACACGUUAUAACACUUAUAAAAGUUGCUAUAUUUAAAAAGCAGGCCCACCAGACCACUAGAGCACAAAGUGCAGUCACCCCCGACCUAGCCCUCAAGAAAUUUAGCAAUUUCCUUUAAGUUUAUAUUGCUUAGUCCUUUCUCUUUGUGCUUUCCCCCCUCCCCUUGUUCAAGAGCUCAUCUGUUGUUUCUGACAAUAAAUAACACAAAGUGAAUAAUUAGCUAAAAAUCAUUGUUGGUGACAUUAAUUGAAUUUGCUAAUAAACAAAAUUUUUUUGGCACAGUCAGUAUGAAUAUUUAGGUAUGUCCAAGCUGUUUGUAUUUCCAUUUUUAAGCUUCUUCUUAAGCAAAAUGCAUCACAUGCUUGUUACAAACCUUUAAUGUUUAUUUGUUUUGUUUUAUUUAUCUAUUGGGAUAAAAUUUACCUUCAGAAAAAAAUUUUGAUUUUCUAUUUCUCAUGUCCCUAUGCAUAAGCAUGUAGUUAUUGUAGGUUAAAUUAUUUUCUAUUAGUUUUUGUAGACCUUUUAUGCUUCUUAAAUUGUCAAAAAUUUAUUUUUUUGUAAGCCUAUAGGCUUUGUAAUUUUUAAAAGUUCUGCCUCAUAUAUACAUGAAUGUCUUUCUCUUAUAAAUAUAUGCUUUUUUCAAUGCACCCCAUUGUUUUCUACCUCUUUUAUCUAUCGUAUUGAAUAAUUUUCUAUUGGUUUUCGAAGAAAAAAUAAAUUGUAAAACAUUGAAAUUGAAAGCCUUGGUAAUUCAUGAAAAUUUGAUACUAAAUGAACACGUCUUUUCCUUAAAAAUAAUUGGCUCUUUAAAGUGACCAGAUUGUUUUCUGGCUCUUAAUCAACAAAUUGAAUUAUUUUAUAUUAUCUUUGGGUUAAAAAAUAAAUUGUCAAAAAUUGAAAAUUUGGUAAGCCUAUAGCUUUGGUAAUUUAUGAAAAUUAGGUACUAUGCAAAAUCGUCUUUUUUCUUAUGAAUAAUUGCCUCUUUCAAAAAACGACAUUGUUUUUUACCACUUAAUUGACAAAUUGAUUUUUUCCAUUGUUUUUGGGAUAAAAAAUUGUCAAAAAUUGAAAUUUUGGUAAACCUAUAGUCUUUUGUAAUUUAUGAAAAUCUGGUACUUUGCGAAAACGUCUUUUUCUUAUAAAUAAUUGCCUCUUUCAAAUGACCAGAUUGUUUU